AUGUUUUUUAUUUCCUUCUUUUGUCUCGUUCCAUUUUUCCUUCCUCGUAUUCCUUUGACCCACCUUACUGUGAUUUUCCUUCUUUUCUUUCUGCUUAUUUUGCAUCCUUUUUUCUUUGUUUUAUCUCUCCCUCCAUUUGUUUCGCUUUUUUGUCUCUCCUUUUCUUUAUCUUGCUGUUCUUCUUUUCUUUAUAGCUUCCUUCCUUCCUUCCUUCCUUCCUUCCUUCCUUCCUUCCUUCCUUCCUUCCUUCCUUUGUUUUUUUACGACUUGCUCUUUUUUCUCCUUUUCUUCAAACUCGUCUUUGCUUUAGACAUGCUUUUUUUUUUCUCCCACUUUCAUUCAUUUUCUAUCCUUAUUUUCUUUCUUUCUUUCUUUCUUUCUUUCUUUCUUUCUUUCUUUCUUCAAGUGUUGAUACUUUCGUUUCUUCAUAACACCUCUUCUCCAUUUACCGUUUUGUUCAUAAAUGUUGAAAUUUAUUUUACACUUUCUAAUAUUUCUUUGAUAUUGUUGCACUUUUCCAAUCUGAAAAUAUUUUAUUUUCUUUCUUUCUUUCUUUCUUUCUUUCUUUCUUUCUUUCUUUCUUCUUUUAUUUCCAAUUUUUCUUUUCAUGUAUUAAGGAAUUAUUUCCAUCUUUCUUUCUUUCUUUCUUUCUUUCUUUCUUUCAUUUCCCGAUUUUUAUGUAUUACUGCUUUAUUUUCAAUUCUUUCUUUCUUUCUUUCUAUUUCUUUCUUUUUUUCUUUCUCUCUCUCUCUCAUUCUUAGUAUGUUUCUUUCUCUCUCUCGUUUUUCUUUCUUUCUUUCUUUCUUUCUUUCUUUCUUUCUUUCUUUCUUUAUUUAUUUUGUUUCCAAAUGUUCUUUUCAUGUAUUAAGGAAUUCUUUCUUUCUUUCUUUCUUUCUUUCUUUCUUUCUUUCUUUCUAUUUCUUUCUUUUUUCUUUCUCUCUCUCUCAUUCUUAG